UAGACCCAUAUUUUCCUUUGUUUUUAGUUUACCCACUCGAAUCCCGAUACGGUUUGUUUGCAUCGCUGUCCCUGGUUACCACAAACUUCAUCGCAUUGCACUGGGUAGACUCUCAUUUCAACCUCAAACUAUUCACAUAUCGAAUUGCGUAGUAAGAUAAAAAAAAUAGUUAAUUUUUGCAACAAUGGUUGACGCCGAGCUAGGGAAGUCUAUCAAACAGACUCAAGACUUGUUGGGCAAGUAUGUGAAGAAACCCCCGUUGUCUGAAAAGAACUUGAGUAGACCACCAUUUCGAUUUCUCCAUGAUGUAACCACGUCGGUUAUCAACGGUACUGGAUUCAUGAAUGGCGUUUUUGACCCCAAUGAGCUCGAUUCUAACAACAUGUCCUCCCGAGAAGCGAAAACAGAGUUUAUGAGGAAAUUGAUUACAGCCGUGAACGAGGCUACUGGAGAAGACGUGCCGGUGAAAAUUUCUAAAGUUUUAUCUGGCCACGAACCUGAAAAGACCAAUAUUCUCCUACAAGCAUUAGCUCGUGCCAUUCAAAAGUUCAAAAGUGGUAAUGAUUCUAAACCACCUGCAAAAACUACUGCUCCAACAAAAGUAAAAUCGAAUGAAGUAAUGGGGGUCUCAAAAACAAAUGCCGACAAAAAGUCUGAAAAUAAGCCAGCUGCAUCUACUAAACCAGAUACGAAAAAUUUUGCUGGGAAAAAGCCGGCACUCCCUCCUGCCAAGAAACCUUCCGGAACAAAAGCAGUGGACACUACUAAGACUAACAAGAAGCCUGAUGGAAGUAAUCGUAAUGCGGGUGGUUCUAGUACAACAACACAGAAAAAGAAUUUAGAUUCCGAACAAGCACUUGGAGGGUUGUUGCAACCAGGACGAAGGAAAUCUGUAGCUGAAGAAAUCUCAGAAAUAAUGGGGACCACGAAUUCUGAGGGGAUAAAGGAAUCCCAGAAUCUUGAUAAUGUCCCUGUUGUCGAGAAAUUUGCAUCAGACUCGACAGUUGCAAAUAGUACUUCUUCAUCAUUGAAACGACAAAACUCGUCAAUAUCUAAAGUAGGACAAGUUAACCGAGAUUCGGUAAAAAACUCCAGUCGCAAUGAAUUACCUGACGGUAACAGAACAUGCAUUAGACAUUCUUUUAUUAUUUACGGUUCUUUAUCUAACAAGUUAUUUUGGAAUGAAAUUAUAUUUUGUGUUAUUUUAUUGUGUCCCAAAGAUAUGAUUCCUGUUGAGUUAAACAUGCAUGAACGAACGCCUGCUAAUAAUCUAAAUGAGGACACUUUACUAUUGUCCGCUCCUGUUGGCCAGUCUGGUGACCCUGGUCAUCAUGACAAAAUUAAUGAAGAUAUUUUUUCAUCCUCAGCACCUCUUGAAAAUAAGAAGCCCGUAGAAGUCCAAGGAACAAACCUGGAAUAUGAUGAAGGUGUACAAACAACAAAAAAUGAUCAAAGUUCAAGCAACACGGUUCAAACUAGAACCUAUGCUGGUGCCGAUCGCUUGAGUUCUGCAAGACCGCCCAGUGCUCGUCCUGCUCCCCCAAGACCCAAGACUUCUCUUUUUAGGGAUGCAGAGGAAUCAAAUUACAGGCCACCGACAGGGAAAGUCACAAACGUUUUGCUGGACAAUUCUGAUAUUGAUGAGGAUGACAAUUUUGUUGUUCGAGAGGCGGCAGUAGCACAAGGUCCAGGACUUGGAGGUGUUGACGAGACACCGGAGCUUGCACUGGCCACAGGAAUCAAACUUGACGUUGACAGCGCAUUGGAAGAGUUAGCACCUGAGGAUCGAGGACUAUUGGUAGAUCAAAUUUUGGAGACACAAAGACAAUUAGAAAAUCGUGACGGUGGUGCCAACAAGAAGGACUUGGGAAAUGAUCUUGGAAUUGGUAAAUCUAGAGAGACCUCGAAAGCAGAAAUCGAAAAGCUAAAAAAUUUGCUGCAAGAAUGUGCAAGAAAUGCAAAUCCAUUGGGCAAACUUUUGGAUUAUGUUCGAGAGGAUAUUGAUGCAAUGCAAAAGGAGGUUGCAAAAUGGCGUGAAGAAAGUAGAUCAUUGGAUUCAGACUUGUUAGCUGCCAAGCGGAUGGCUGAAGCAGCGUUACAGCCGAUACACCAAGAACUGACCGAGGUAGAAGCCCGUGUUCAAGACAAAGAAGAUGCCAUAGCUGCAACUAAAAUGUCUGUAAUCCGGCUACAAGAGCGCAUUGAAAAAAUUCUUAAUGGUUUGGACCGAGUACAAUCAAGUCAUGGAAAACUACCAAUUCCAUCCGCUAGUCAGCUAAUGCAUAAUGAACCCUCUGCUAUAAAGCCACGUGAAGAUAAUCACUUUCAGCGUGAAGGAGGUAACGCUUACUCUAGCGGCUUUAGUAGUUCGAUAAAUCGACUGGCACAGGCAACCCCAGGUAUGAGACCAAUUAGUCUUUUUUCAUCCUCCACUGAUGAUUUGGACCCAGAUAACUUUGAUCCAUUCAAGAAAUAAUAUUGAGGGUAACACAAAUAUGUAUAAUAAGCUUUAAAGUGAUUCUUGACAAUUUAUAACUUAAUGUUGUUAACAAGUGCAUUUUGGAAGGAACAUGAAUCCUCCAAUAAUAUCAGUUGUACGUACAUAUACAUUAGUGAACGUUUAUAACUUCCUUAUUGAUAGUAUACCUACGUACAUAAGUAUAAUACGUUUCAAUAAAAAAAUGUGAAACUGGUAA